AAGGGAGGCUACUCUAAACGUCUUUAGCAGACGGAAUUUCAAAGUUGUUUGAUUACAUUUGAUACAAAUGAACUAACAUCGACCUAUGAAAUGAAGUUCAUAAACAGGUUUGAUGCUAUUAAAUGACAUUUAGCCAUUGUGUCCCAGUGCCAUGAGGGUCCUGAUUCUGUUGAUAUCUAUCUUGACGUCAGCGUCAGUAGUGGAAGCAAUGAAAUGGCCAAUUGAAGGAUAUUGUUCUCCAUGCCAGUGCUCUGUGCAACAGAGCAAAUACUCCUAUGGAUUGAUCAAGCUUGUAAACUGUUCAGGCCUUGGACUGACAGAACUCCCCAAGCAUCUGCCUAGAGAUUUAGACUGCCUUGACCUAUCAAAUAACAACUUUGACAUUGCAAUAGUUGACCCAAUCUGUGAUUUUAAAUUUUUGCAAUACCUGUCUCUUGCUCAAAAUACAUUCACCUCAAUUGAUUGGUACCUAUUUUCAAAUUGUUCGCUCCUGAUAAAGCUUGAUCUGACUGGAAGCAGUAUUUUUCACUUGACGAAUGGAUCCUUCAGUGGACUUGAUAACCUUCAAACAAUAUAUGGCUUAGAGGCUGUGUCAGUUGAUGUUGGAGUUUUCAUGAAUCUGCAAAAACUGAAAACCUUGGAGUUUACAUUUUUAGGAGAAACCAUUCCCGAAAUGAUAUUUACAGGUCUCCCAGUUGAGACACUACAUUUGACUAUGUACAAAGUUGAAAAGAUCCCCCAGCGGCUUCUUGAAUUUGGUGAAAAGACUCUUCAGGUCAUCAGCAUCAAUGGUCCAGAAGUUUCAUUUGUUUACGAGAACUUUCUCCGAGGAUUAACUGUUCUCAGAAAGGUGUACAUGAAUAUGCCAAAGCUAGUUAGUUUGCCUGAAAGAAUCUUCAACAAUUUUGGUGUAAUGUCUGAUGAUGGUGACCCAAGGAAUCUACAGGAGAUAGUUCUCAUGUCAAUGAAUAGUGUCCCUGGAACAAUUUUUAAAGACUUGGAAAGUCUACAUAGACUUGAAAUUCAUGAUGUUAAUGAAGUUGCAUCUCCUGGUAUCUUUGAUGAUUUGGUUAAUUUAGAAGUUCUUGAUUUGACCCGAAGUAAUGUUAACCAGGUCCCAACUGGAUGGUUUUCAAACCUCUACAGCCUUAAAACUCUGAAUUUAAGUCAGAGCAAUCUUCGUGAAAUAGAAGAGCAUUCAAUGGAUGGACUCAUGAACUUGAAAACUUUGGACCUGUCAAUGAACGCUCUACGUAAUAUUCACCUGAAAACAUUCGAUCCUUUGAGAAAAUCAGUUCAGAAUCUUCACCUGCAAGGGAACAUCCUGAAAGGCAUCAGUGACCAGCUGUUUAGUAGCAUGCUUGCACUGCAAUACCUGGAUCUCAGUGAUAAUAAAAUUGCUAUGAUAUCAAGUAAUGCCUUUUCCGACUUAAAGCUCUUAAACAGUCUACAGUUGCAGGAAAACAAACUUGCAUAUCUACCAGUUGACCUGUUUAAACAUCAACCUAACUUACAAGUCCUUCACCUUGGAGCAAACUCAUUCCAACGUUUUCCAAUAUCUGUGUUGAAAUCUGCAGGAUUUCUGCUUCGUCUGUAUCUUGAAGACAACAAGAUUCCAUCAGCUCCUCCAAGUCUAUCAACUGACUUGCCCUACCUGGAGUAUCUUUCUGUGAUGAAUAAUCCUGUACAAUGUAGGUGUAGGUUGUUGAGUUUGAGGUUGUUCAUGCCAAACUUGUACAUCGAUGGCCUGUGUAUGGCUCCGAGAGCUUAUUCCGGGAGACAUGUUAUGUCGUUGGUUGUACCUGCAAAUUGUAAAGGCCCAAGACCAAAACCAGAAAUAAGGCCUGAAAUUCCAGAAAUAACAUUUACAUCUAUGCUGGAUCCAGAUCCGCCUCCUGAGGAUAAGGACUACAAGGAAAACUAUCAUUACUAUGGAAACAAUUACUAUGGAUCUGAUGACUAUUAUGAAUAUGACACUAAUCAGUAUUACUUAGAUCUACAAAGUGAUGAGAAAGCACCACCAAGUUCUGUCGGUGUUACAGGGAUAGGAACGCGUUCAUGGAAAUAUCCCGAAGUAUCAAUGUCAACCAGAAAACAAACAGACAGGAGUCAGAUGAUAAAUGCUGCUACUACUUCAUCGCUUGCUUCAAUGACUCAGAUGUACUCAGAUGGUACAUCUGAUCCGCCUCAUCUCCAUGGAUCAACUGAUGCAAAUUUUAGCUUACCCAUCUCACCAACCCCUCCGCUGAUUCGAGAGUUUGAAAGUAAUGAAACAGAGUCUGCGGUUGUAACUACGUCCAUCCAAGGAGUUCCAUCACCAACUGAUGUACCCUGUACAUCCUUUACCAGUGAAUCACAGCCACUGUCCAAGGAACAUUCCUAUACAGAUUCAGGGACUCCUGAUAAAGAGAGACGUUCAUGCUCUGAUGAUACCUGUAAAGAAAUGGCAACUGAUUUUCUACCUCCUGAAGAUUCUGUAGCUGAAGGAGAUGAUGCCUUUACAGGACGGGGAUCAUCAUCUUCUGCACAGGAGGACAGCAACAUUAGGGAUGUGGACAAGACAGAGGACACUACAUCCAGGUUAAGAUCCACAUCAACACAAGGUUUGCCAACAUCAAGCCAUGGCCAGAUAUCUCCCAGCAGCUCUGUGGACUUGGUGGACAAUACAGCGGUGUCUGAGAAGCCACAUGGCGGUAUGGUUGGAGAUGGCGAGACUGGCAUGAGUCCAACAGUGCAGGCAGUGGUUGGUGUGUUGGCUGUGGCAGCUUUCAUCUGUAUUUGCGUGACACUGUGGUGGCUGCGGAAACAGGUGAAAACUCGGAGGAUGUACGAGGUCACACCUUCUAGUACAGUGGUGUGAGGCAUCAUCAGUGGCAGGUUCAGGUUAUGCAGGUGAACGGAACCGUUAGUGCAAGGUACAGUGAGUGUAAGGUACCUUUAAGUGUUAGUUAUUUUCAGUGUGGGGUACAAUGAAGUGUGAGGUAUUGUCAGUGUGGGGUACGAUUAAGUAUAAGGUAUUGUCAGUAUGAGAUACCAUUAGUGUUAGGUAUUGUUAGCAUGGGGUACCAUUGUGUUAGGCAUUGUAAGCGUGGGGUCCUAUUACGUGUCAGGUUUUGUCAGUGUGGGGUACAAAUAAGUGUGAGGUAUUCUCAGUGUGAGGUUCUAUUAAGUGUGAGAUAUUGUCCGUAUGAGAUACCAUUGUGUUAGGUAUUGUCCGUAUGAGAUACCAUUGUGUUAGGUAUUGUCAGUGUGAGAUACCAUUGUGUUAGGUAUUGUCAGUAUGAGAUACCAUUGUUAGGUAUUGUCCGUAUGAGAUACCAUUGUGUUAGGUAUUGUCAGUGUGAGAUACCAUUGUGUAAGGUAUUGUCAGUAUGAGAUACCAUUGUGUUAGUUAUUGUCAGUGUGAGAUACCAUUGUGUUAGGUAUUGUCAGUAUGAGAUACCAUUGUGUUAGGUAUUGUCAGUAUGAGAUACCAUUGUGUUAGGUAUUGUCAGUGUGAGAUACCAUUGUGUUAGGUAUUGUCAGUAUGAGAUACCAUUGUGUUAGGUAUUGUCAGUAUGAGAUACCAUUGUGUUAGGUAUUGUCAGUGUGAGAUACCAUUGUGUAAGGUAUUGUCAGUAUGAGAUACCAUUGUGUUAGGUAUUGUCAGUGUGAGAUACCAUUGUGUUAGGUAUUGUCAGUAUGAGAUACCAUUGUGUUAGGUAUUGUCAGUAUGAGAUACCAUUGUGUUAGGUAUUGUCAGUGUGAGAUACCAUUGUGUUAGGUAUUGUCAGUGUGAGAUACCAUUGUGUUAGGUAUUGUCAGUGUGAGAUACCAUUGUGAGGUAUUGUCAGGUGAGGUACUAUUAAGUGUGAGGUGUUGUCAGUGUGGCGAAGUGAGGUGAAAUGGUGUUAAGUGUCGCAUCCAAGAUUAUUGCACUUAUAUAGCAGUUAUAUAUGCGUAUGUUUGUGCUGCUUGUAUUAGUCCGGACUAAUUUUAUAGUGCUAGCCCACUGAGAUACCAUACAGCAGUUUAACAUGAAUACCCUACUCAGACACAGUAUACUGACUCUGAGGCGACUGGUCCAUUUUAGCCCC